UGCACUUUAUCCCAUCAUUCCCAUGAAGACAGCAGUCUUUGGCAAAGUAUGAGUGUUUAUUUGAGGUAGCAGGUUACUCGUGAGCCAUGGGUCAAGCCUGCAACUCUGUGUCUUGAUCUGUGGUUCUUGUUUGUGUUUGCAGUCCCAUUUUUUUCAAUGGAAAACCUGGCAUCUGGCUAACCUGAGGGUUAUGUGACAGUUUGUGCUACCUUCCCUGAGAGGGAAGGACAGAGGAAUGGAUGGAGAGAGGAGUUUUGGGGAUCUUGUGCUCCUAAAAAGUGUAGAAUUGUAAUAAGCGGGAGAAGGAGUAACUGGAAAACUCACUGUGUAUUUCAUUGUGAGCAAAUGGACUACACCUUCAACAUAUUUUUUGCUUCUUCUACUUGUAAAGAAAAAAAUGUUUUAGACAACAAGAAGUAACAGACACUUUUGGAAGCAGAAGGAAACUAUUAUAGAGAAAAAACAGUAGCUUGUACAUGUAUUCACUAGAAAAUAAGUAACAGGAGAGGCGACAGAAAUACAGUAAUAUCAGAAUAAAGCAGGAAGUGCAAUUACCGUAUGUGAAAACAAUAAAAAUAUUAAAGAAGGUAGAGAAAGGGAGACGUAAACACAUUAUUUUAAAAAAAAAAUACUGAUCAUUGCAUUUAAGUGAGUGUAAUGGUUGAGGUACUCCUAUAUAUAAUUUUGAAUAGUCCUGCUUCUUGAGAUCGGUGGUAAGCUGCUGAUACAGAUGUAGUGUAGGAUGCUGGAAGUGAGUAACAGUGCCAGGCAUUGUAGUUACAUUAUGAGAGAUCCUCUGACAAGACUAUUACUUUGAUAAGUAUGGUUGCAGAGUUGCUGUGUGCAUAAAAAAAAAGUAGACAAAGCUGCUUUACAUUUUCCUCUCAGCAUGAACAUAUUGAAGGGUAAUAGUGGUGGUGGUUAUGGAUGUGACUCCAAUUCUACUCCCUUUCUGCUCUCUGAGUCCAGAGAUGCUUCUGGGUGAUUUUGGCUGAAAUGUUCUAUCCCUACAGCACAGGACCUGGCAGCACAGUCCUGUGUAUGCUAAUUGCUUUUCCCAUGUCAUUUAACACAAUUUCUUAGAAAUCCAAUACGUAAAUUACAUAAGGGGAUAUAGAUCAAUAGGCCUUACUGAAUGGUAUGCAUCCAUCACCAUUAUAAAAGUGGGCAGACUAGCAGGGAUGCUAUGAAUGUUGGAGGCUGUUUCUACCCUUCUUAAUGCAGAACAAAUAUACUGAGUUGGACAGAAAGGUCUGGCCCAGACCUUUCAUUAUAUGUCUGAAAAGCCCAUAGCUGAUGGUUAGAAAGAAAUUUCCUCCCGCAGAGUGUCCUCUUAAAGCUUCUGUCAGUCUGCUGCCCUGAACUGAGGUUCCGUUGUUUUUUGAGAGUUGAAUGGUUCUCAUGGCUUAGCAGAGCUACCUAAAAAGCAAAAAUGUCAUUACUACAUUUUUGUGUCUUGAUAUCUGAUCUAAAUUUCCCUCAUCUGUGAGAGUUAGAAAAUUUUUCAAAUGAUCAUUACGUCUGAAAGAUAAACAUCAGUGCUUAAAGUGGGAGAUGGUGGAUGUCAUGGCAGACUGAAAAAUGAGGACCUUUGAGACCUAGUGGUUGUCAGCAUGAAUCUUAGGGCAAGUUUUGUACAAGCGCAAUGGUAGAUAGAGAAUAACUUUUGAACUACUUAGCUGGAAACAGGUCAGUCCUCUGGAAUUCAUGCACGCUCAACUGGCAGUUGGGGAAUUGCAUCAGAAAACAGGCAAUUACAAACGUUGUCUUCAUGGAAGUCACAGCACCUGUAAUUGUCCAAAAGACAAUUGAUGCAUCUUUUUAAGACAGUUGAUGCAUCUUUUUACCUAAAUGUGGUGCUUAUAGGAGAAUGAAACCAUAAAAGAAGAGGAAAAAAAGGAUCUUUCAAAAACCAAGCUGAGAAAAUAAAAUUAGGCCUGAACACUGCCAUCCUUGCUAAAAAUUAUGAUUUUUUUUUUUAUUUGUGAUAUUCUGUUCUUUUCUUCUUCUUACCCAUUUUGCAUACAUCCUUCUGGUCCUAAAUCUGUUUUGAUCUGCUUGUCUGCCUGCACAGGCUUUCAACAUACCCUGAAGACAUUUCACUUCUGUCUGCUACAGUGAGAACCCUUCCUGGAAACAUUUGCAUUGCUGGAAGGCAAAAGCUAGUUGGAAAAGUGAUUGACACCUGUAGCAGUAGUACUGAUGUUGCAGAUGGACAUGCUGAAACAACGUCAAAACCAGGCUUACUUCUGUUAUUGAAGCUUUGUGGGAACAAAGAAGGUGGAAUACUGGAAGCAUCAACUUUAUAUGGCUCAUGCCUGACAACAUGCACCACCAGUGGCUGCUGCUAGCUGCAUGCUUUUGGGUGAUAUUCAUGUUCAUGGUUGCUAGCAAGUUUAUCACGUUGACUUUUAAAGACCCAGAUGGCUACGGUGUCAGGCAAGAGUCAUUGAUACUGACAGCUGUGACAAAAGUGGAGGAGGUACAUGUGCCGGAGGAAAAACAUUGGCCUGAAGAAUUCCAGCCAACUGGAAAAGCUUUUUCUGGAAAUCUGAUCCGCCAGCCCCUGGUUCAUAUGGAAAGACUUGAGCUUCUCAGGAACAUCUGCAGAGACACUGCAUUGAGAGAUCUUUCUCACACUGCAGUUUCCAAAUUCGUCUUGGACCGAAUAUUUGUGUGUGACAAGCACAAGAUCCUGUUUUGUCAGACGCCAAAAGUGGGCAACACUCAGUGGAAAAAAGUCUUGAUUGUUUUAAAUGGGGCAUUUUCUUCCAUAGAAGAGAUCCCAGAAAAUAUUGUACAUGAUCAUGAGAAGAACGGCCUUCCACGUUUGUCCUCUUUCAGUGACUCUGAAAUUAAAAAACGACUGAAUUUAUACUUCAAGUUUUUUAUUGUUAGAGAUCCAUUUGAAAGACUUAUUUCUGCAUUUAAAGACAAGUUUGUGCACAAUCCUCGUUUUGAACCUUGGUACCGGCAUGAAAUUGCUCCCGGCAUCAUUCGUAAAUACAGAAAGAACCGCACAGAGACCAAAGGGCUGCAGUUUGAGGAUUUUGUGCGCUACCUCGGUGAUCCCAAUCACCGAUGGUUGGAUGUUCAGUUUGGUGACCACAUCAUUCAUUGGGUAACAUAUGUGGAACUCUGCGCUCCCUGUGAAAUCACAUACAGCGUGAUUGGACACCAUGAAACCCUGGAGGACGAUGCUCCGUAUAUCUUGAAAGCAGCCGGCAUAGACCACCUGGUAUCAUACCCCACCAUUCCACCAGGCAUAACAGUGUACAACAGAACAAAAGUAGAGCGGUAUUUUUCAGGAAUUAGCAAGAGAGACAUAAGACGCCUCUAUGCACGAUUUGAAGGUGAUUUUAAACUCUUUGGUUAUCGGGAGCCAGAUUUCUUGCUGAACUGACACCUGGGAUAAGCUCUGAAGAAGUGUCUCGUGGAUUCAUCUAAACCUGCGUGAAUACCAGCUGCAAUGUUGACAGAGAAUGACCGUUUGUUUUCUAGCUUUUUGAUGUUGCUCCAUUUUUCAGUGAAAUAUUUGUCAUAUGAACAAGUAGGGGCUUACAGUUGUUGUUUACCGACCAUGUUUUCAGUAUAUGACAUUGCAAUAUGUUAGGAAUGGUGUCUCUGUUAUCUGAAAUACAGAAUUUCACUUUGCCCUUCUCCCCUCCAGGAAAAAAAGAGGGAGAAUAAAUGGGCUGUGAUCUUGCUCUCCUUCUCCCAGACAGAAUGCCAUUUUUGAAAUGUUGUGAAGUAUUUAUAAAGAUGGCAGUUUCCCUGUAGGUUAACUCUGACAUGUGGGUAAACGUGAUGAUUCAUACUCAUGAGGAAGUAGUGUAGUCUCCCAUGAGCUUUGUAAAUGAGAGGCCAGUAUAGGACUAAAAAUUGACAAAAAUUGUCUAGGUUCUGUCAUGUGGCUGCUAUAACUGUAAUGCUGAUCUAAUCCCACUCUUGUUUGUCAAAAAAUGAACCUAAUUAGACAGACGCUUUAGAGGUGUUAAAAAUGGGACUGGUUCCAGACCCCAGUUGUCUCCGUAUUUUUGUCAAGUGUUUACUGUACUUACUACUGAUCUAUUGAGCCUCAUAAUUCUGCUUUUGAUUUUUGAGAUAUUAUUUAAUUCCUGGCUGUGUAAGUUAUCUGAGAACACCAGAUGCAAAUGGAACAUAGAGGAAAUAUGAAACUGCAAGAGGAAAUAUGAAACUGCAAGGGAAACUUCAAGGAAAAAUAAAGUAUCCACUGUAUUUGUGGGAGCACAUAUAGUAAUCAUGAGAUGCUCUCACACAAUAUAACUUGUUUUUAUUUCUAACAGUUAAGAUUAAUAAAGAAGUCACAAAAGCAAGAUGUCAUAUUAAAGAGCUGCUAGAGUUACUUGGAUUAACCAUCUACCUUUUUCUUAUAUCCAACCUUGCUCAAUGUUCAGUACCUCAGAGAAUAGAAAGUUUAUCCCUCUCUGAAAAUCCAUCUCCCUACUGCUAAGGGAGAAAAGAAGACAGGAUGAAUCACUGAUUUUUUUUCAGUGAUUCACUGCCAUGAUGUCCCAACUCAAAAAUGCCCAACAUCUGUGUUACCAGUGCGGUGGGUUGGGUACUUGCCAGGAGUUUGAAUGUCACUUAAAUUUGUGUACCCACUUUAUGUGUUAAAAAAACCCCCAGAACUGAGUGGAUGCAGCCAUCAUAUUUGCCUGUGCUUGCAUUGUGUCUCAUAAAGAGCAGAUUCUUGUUUGAAUUCACCAGCAAGAAAAAUUGGUGUGCUGCCCCCUCAUCCUGCAGGCCAUGAGAGAGAGAGAGACCACGUAUCUGAAAUACAGGAAUUGCUGUCACAGUGAGCAUGUGAACUGUAUUUUUGAAAUCAUAGUCCCAAUAGAGUUAUUUGCAGAUCAGCAUAAUGUUGGUGGCUAGAAAUGCUAAUGAUGGCCAGUGCUAUGGAAUCUGCUUUUAUAUCCAGCCACAGUAUGUCUUUGAUAGCUUCCUGUAUUAACACAAGGAAACAUCUUGCACUUGUGUAAAAGGAAAGCUGUGCCAAGCUGACAUGUGCUGCUACCCACAAAAAGGAAGCCCUGUUGGAGCUCGAAAUGAUUUAAGAAAGAUCUCAAAAGACAAAUUGAAAUAAGGGAGAAUCAUUAACUGGGCAUCAUCAGCAUGAGAACAGUCCAGGGUGGCAAAGCUGGCAGGUAGGAUAUUUUUCAGGAGGAUUUAAAAAAAAAAAGAAAAAAGCAACAAUUACAGUGCCCUAACUUGUUAGUUCUUAACCAAUGAUAAAAAAGAUGUUAACAUCUCCAGGUUUUUCUGUGGUUUUCUUAAUAUGGGAACUUAGCAAAAUGCACUGUUAAACGCAUUUUGGAGCUAAUGACCUGACUGAUUACCUCGCUGCCAAUUUAAAAUGUAACAGUAAAUAAUGUAUAGUAAAUUCAGGCCUUAAAGUUUAAUUCUAAUAAAGAUAAAAUAGACUUGUUUUCCUUUGAAAGCCUAAGCUACUGAUCACACAGAA